AUGCAGACCACCGGGCCCGCAUCGCCGGAUAAGCCGCCGGCUGUUGAGCUGGAGGCCAAGGACAGGGUGGAGGAGGGGGCGCAGGUGAAGGAGGAGGACGAGGCGGCGGCGAAGGUGGGCGGCGAGGAUGAGGAGGAGGAGGAGGGGGAGGGGGAGCAGGAGGGGAGGGUAGGCAAGCGGCAGCGGCGCGGGCGAGGCGGUGCAGCGGGGGACAGCGCCGUGGCCAUGGUGAAGCGGGACCUGCUCGUGCGCUGCUUGACGUGCCCGCUCUGCGACCACCUGCUCCGCAAGGCCACCACCAUCUCCGAGUGCCUGCACACAUUUUGUAGAAAGUGUAUUUAUAACAAGCUCAAUGAUGAGGAUCUUGACCACUGUCCAGUAUGUAACAUUGAUCUGGGCUGCACUCCAGUCGACAAGCUUAGAGCUGAUCACAAUAUACAAGAUGUGAGGGUAGCCCCAGCAGCUUCGACAAGGAGGCGAACAAGAGCGGUUACCAGGAAGGCUGCUGCAUUACGUGGCCUUGGUCCUAUCAUUGUGGAUCCUUUAAAAAAGGAUAAUGAUAACUCGAAUAAGCAAACUGAUAAUUCAAGCUUGCUAGAUAGCUUGAGCAAAAUACCUCAAACAAGAAGACAGUUAUUGUCGAAUGGGGACACAUCAAGUCAUCCCUCUGUUAAAGAUAAAGCAGGUGAUAAUAAGGACUUGGAUAAGUCUGAGCUCUGGAAACCUUUGAAUUGUCUUGUAGAGGCUGCAGGCAAAACAAAGACCCCGACAAGUGCACAAAGUCCAGCUUUGAAGGGAAAUAAGCCCAGAGAAUCUCCCAGUAGCGAACAUUCUAGCAGAACAGAGGCUAGGGAGCCUCUUCAGAAGUCCAAAGCUGAAGAUGACAAAAGCGACGAUCCUGAGCCAAUAGUGCUGCUUAGAAAGAGAGGGCGGCCUGCCCGGAAGAGGAAAGACCCCCUACCUGAAACAAAUGCAGCUUCCACUGCUACAGCUAUCCAGGCCAGGAAGGCAUUGAGCCCAAUAUGGUUUUCAUUGAUUGCCUCGUUUGAUCAGAAAGGCAACCCUCCUUUGCCUCAGAUACCUGCCCACUAUUUGAGAAUAAAGUGA